AAUUUUCUAUUGUAAAAUAUUGAUUUUUUGUAUGUGCACAGACGUGGACCUUCUCCCUUCCCUGGAAACACGUAACGCAAGUAUUCUUUGUCCGUGCCGCACGCAUUCAUUCGCUUCCGGUGCAUACACAAAAAUUAUUCCGAGCACUCGGCAUCUCGGCACAGUGGUGCUCCGAAUGUUCACGUCGAGAGGGCGUGCGGACACAGCGAGCUGCGUCCUGCGAGCGAGCGAGCGAGCGAGCGAGUGAGUGAGUAAGAGCUGCAGUUUGCCUGCAGUGUGAGUAGUACGGGAACAGCUGUAGCGCGCAACACGUGCUUGAUCGUGUCGCGAGUACCGCAAGUGGCACAUACGCGUGUACAGUGUGUACACGCACGUCCGGCACGUUUCGAGUGGCUCCGCGGCGAGAUGAGGGUCCACGACGACGCGGAUCCCAAGUACAGCGCGAUGGGGAAGUCGUCGAAAUUGGCCAUGAAGCGACCCAGCACCGUCGUGUUUCGAGAAAACUCCAGCAAGGCGCAGAAAACGAGCGAGGACAACGGAGUCGCGAACGCGACGAGGAACAGCGACAAGACGGUUGUCGGCCUGCACCAGCGGAGAAAAUCGCUGCCCGUUUAUAUUCUCCGUAAACGUCUGUUGGACGAGAUACGCCGGCACAAUACUCUGAUCAUAAUAGGCGAGACCGGUUGCGGUAAAACCACGCAGAUCCCACAGUUGUUGCUCCACGCCGGGAUCGCUGGGUCGUCCGGCUGCAUCGGCAUCACGCAACCGCGUAGGAUCGCGGCGGUCAGCAUAGCGCGCCGGGUCGCUCAGGAGCAAGGGGUGAAGCCUGGAAAAUUGGUGGGCUACUGUGUUCGUUUCGAGGAUUGCACUUCGUCGCAAACGAGAAUCAAGUAUCUGACGGACGGCAUGAUGGUGCGAGAGGCGAUGACCGACGAAAUCCUGUCGGAUUACUCGGUGGUAAUACUCGACGAAGCUCACGAGCGAUCCGUGCAGACCGACGUUCUGUUCGGGGUGGCGAGACGAGCGCAGAAUUUGCGGAAGUUGAAGAAUCUGCCGCCCUUGAAGCUGCUGAUUAUGUCGGCCACGAUGGACCCCGCCAAAUUCAAGGAUUACUUCCAGGCGCCGGCGCUGUAUCUUGAGGGCCGUCAGCAUCCCGUGAGGAUUUUCCACGCGGUCACCUCGCAGCAGGAUUACGCAUUCGCCGCGCUAGCUACGGCGUUUCAAAUUCACCGCGAGGCGCCCGCAAACGAGGAUAUUCUCAUCUUUUUGACCGGUCAAGAAGAAAUAGAAUCGGCAGUAGUAGCCGCCCGACAAGUGGCUAAACAGCUGGACGGACAGGAGUAUCCGCCUCUGAAAGUCUUUCCCUUGUACGCGGCGCUGCCCACUCAUCAGCAGUUAGAGGCCUUCAAACCUUCGGCACCGGGAAUGCGGAAAUUAAUACUAUCGACAAACGUCGCCGAAACAUCCGUCACGAUUGGCGGGAUUUGCCACGUGAUCGAUACCGGCGUCGUCAAAGCGAGGACACAUCACCCGACGACGGGGCUGGAUGUACUGAGGGUUGAGAAAAUCUCACAGGCUCAGGCCUGGCAAAGGGCGGGUAGGGCCGCUCGCGAAGCACCGGGCAAGUGUUAUAGAGCUUACACGCGAGAGGAAUUCGAGAAGAUGAAGGAUAUGCCGAUACCAGAGAUUCAAAGGUGUUCCCUCGCGGGAGUCGCUCUGCAGCUGCUCGCUAUCGGCGUCGACAUCACUUCCUUCGAUUUCAUGGAUAAACCGCCUAAGGAGGGCGUAGACGUGGCCGUGAACUGUUUGGAAAAGCUGGGUGCAGUUAAAGGAUCUCCACCGCAACUGACUACGCUCGGCCGAACGAUGUCACUGUUCCCGUUAGACCCUCGAUUUACCAAAGUGAUCCUCGCGUCGGUGGAACACAGGUGUCUGGAGGAAGCACUGACGGUUAUCGCUUUAUUAUCGGGAGAAUCAAUUUUCAUGGACCCGCCCAUGAAGAGAGAACAGGCGUACAAUGCACGCUCACGAUUUGCUUCGCCCGAGGGGGAUCACGUAACGUUGCUGAAUGUGUUCCGAGCAUAUCAAAGCGCUACGCAGAAGAAGGUGUGGUGCCACGAGAACUUUUUGCACCAUCGAAAUCUGGAGUACGGGUCGGAUGUGAGGCAACAGCUUGCGGCGUUGGCGGAACGUGCGAAUUUGGAGAAGGCGAGCUGCGGAACGAAUACGAAGCAACUCAGAAAAGCUUUCCUCGAGGGAUUAUACGAGAACCUCGCCGAGCUGCAGAGGGAUCAGACAUAUGUCACGGUGUACUCGAAGCAGCCGGUAACCAUACACCCUUCCUCGACGUUGCACGGUACGAAGCCGCCGUUGCUGCUGUUUACGGAGGUCGUAGCCACCGGAAGAUGUUACCUUCGCGGUCUGUCUGUCAUCGAUCCGGCGUGGUUGACGCAAAAGAACAUCGGUCCUGGGAAACGCGACUGACGCAAUUUUUUUUAUCCUACGAUGUUAUUUAUACGGAGCUUAUUUUUGUUGACAUGAGGUGGAAUAAUUGAGGCCGCUGAGUAAUGGGAACGGCGUGGUGAUUUUUGUUUUUUUGAAUGAUGAAAUUGAUAGCAGAUAAUACGAGAAACGGUCGAAUGGUAAAGAAGGAUCACUGUGUGUCCUACGCGUGUAUUUAUUCAGCGGUAUCAGUUACGCCACCGAACCCUCUCUCAUGUGGGUGCAAUUUUAUUGUAGAUAUAUGUUUAAGAGGAGAAUCACUUUUUCUACUACUUGUACACUUUAAGCACUGUUAUUAAAUUUAGUUAAUACAAA